CUUGACCCCAUUCCCUCUUGAUUAAAACGUCUUUCUUUACCCUCAUCUGAAAUGCGGCUUUGUGUCUUACGGCUUUGACAAGAAGCUAGUUUAAGGACUGACUUCACCGUACAUAGGGGUUUGGCAUACAAUCCUUUGCCGGCAAGUUAGAGAGUAGUUAACGAAGCCGAACCGUCUCGAAAUUUUACGUGCUUAUUACAGCAAACUGUGGCGAGACAAUGGGCGAUCUAAUUCCGAUGAAACCCCUGAGACAUCAAGCUUCUUACGAGAACGUUGACAUAAAAAGCGGUGUAGUCAUUUUGCCAGACGACCCUGAUCACCAUUACGAUGUACUUCAUCAAAACCACAAGCCGAUAGCGGGGCCUUCGACUUCGCUCAUGACGAGUGCACCCACUAACAACGACAGGCCGAGGGAGACAGCGAACGAAUCCAGGAGCCCACCUUCGACUUCUCUUUUCACGAAUGGAUCCACCACCAACAACAGGCCGAGGAACACUUCGAACGAAGCAAGGAACUCAGCGAACGAGUCCGUCGAUUGCACCUCUUCGGAGAGCCACAAGAAAAAUCAUUCGACGUCAGCAGAGAUACAUAGAGUCCUUGUAGUGUUUGGAUUUGUGUUCGCUUUGAUUGCUUUUGUUCUUGUCUUGCUCUUUGCCCUUGGAAUGCUGAGCUCUUCAAAUUGUCGCCAGAGUUGCCAUAAAGAACUUGUACAACCAGUUCAGACUUCCCGAGCAACGCAGGAAUUUUUUCUUAUAAUUAACGAGCUACGGGCAAACAUGAGCAAUUUAGAUGAGGAAAUAAAAAGCAGGGAUGACAUAAUCACACAACUUCAAGCGCAUGAGGUCGACUUCACAAGAAGGAUCACAGAAUUGGAACGAAAUGAAACUUUUAAACUCGUGGUUGUUAACAAAUCGAAAAUCAUUGGACCGCAAGGCCCCCAAGGAUUCGCUGGGGCUGUUGGCCCAAAAGGAAAAGAUGGAAAAGAUGGAAAAGACGGAAAACCGGGAGAAAAAGGCCCAGCCAACGUGUCAUUGUGUCACUAUUCAACCAUCGAAAGUACCCCAUUUACAGCUUCUGGGUCCGGUGAAGGGCAAAACGUCAGUGUCACAGAAGAACCAGGGUCUAAAAUCAUUGGAGCUACGUGCUCGACCGAAGGAGCAUCAGAAUAUAAUUUUAUAACCAGAGUUAACUCUACGACUAAAGUUCGAGAGCUCGCAUGUGAAUGCAAAGGAAAGUCAAGUGUGUUUACAGCGGGAGUGGAUGGAGCCAAAUGUAUCUUGAAUUACUGGGUGUGCGCUUAGAAACUAUAACAUUCGAUCUCAGAAGAAAUGAAGGGUUUUUUUUGCUAAAAUGGAAAUGGUAUAAAUACCGAAUUCCCAGGACAUCAUUAUAAAAUGUCUAAAAAUAUUCAUGCCGCAAUUCCCUGCGGCAAAAAUCAAUGUUGAAAAGAUGCCAAAAAGACAAAUUUGGUUUUGACCUUUUUUCGGUAUUUUAAACAUUGCGUGCAGCAGUUUUAAACUGAAUGUAUUCAGUUUCGAGGCGAAUUGUGUCCUGAGAAAAAAAGAAACGAUGCACGAUAAGAUAAUAACUGUAACUGUUUAAGCACGUCUUUGCAUUGCAUCAGAACUUGAACAGGAUUUUUAAAUGAUAAAAACGAUGUUGUAUGACACUAAUGAACUCAACACCUAAUUAAUUAGGUGGGAAUAAGACUUCAGUUCCUACAAUUUGAACUGAAACAAGGUGAUGUUGUUUCUUAAUGAUAAAAUAGAACCUCCAGUAGAUAGAUAAAGUUUUCAUUAUUUUC